AUGUCCGACGUUACAGAACAGACUGCGCCUGUUGUGGAUGAGGCGACCAAGGCGCCCGAGCAGCCUGAUGCCACCUCCAAUGAUUCCGUCGUAGCUCCCGCUGACGAAGUUGCGAAUGUCACGGAGCAAGUAGAGUCUGCUACUAUCACACCUGCUGUCGGCACUCCCAACGUUGACACGCCCAACACUGAUUUCCUCAUUGCGAACGAUCAAGACCCCAACAGCAAGAAGGUCACCCUUGCCGAUCUGUCUGCAAAGGGCGCUGCCUUGUACGCCCACAAGAACUACGAAGAGGCCGCUGAAGUCUUCUCCAGAGCCAGCAUCCUUCAAGCUGAGCUCAAUGGGGAAACAUCUCCCGACAAUGCCGAAAUCCUUUUCCACUAUGGCCGCAGCUUGUUCAAGGUUGGCCAGAGCAAGAGCGAUGUUUUAGGAGGCACUGCCGCUCCUGAGAAGAAGAAGAAGACCACCGAGACCAAGGCCAAGAAGCCUGCGCAAACACAGGCCGAGAAGGUGACUCAAGAGGGUGUUGGCAUUGUCGCCGAGCAAAAGGAAGGAGAGAAGAAGUCGGAAGACGUCAAGGGAGAUAAGAAACCUCUGUUCCAGUUCACCGGCGACGAGAAUUUCGACGAAUCAGAUGAUGAAGAGAACGCUGAAGACGAAGAGGAGGAGGAGGAGGAGGAAGACGACGACUUGGCUACCGCUUUCGAAAUUCUUGAUCUUGCCCGAGUGUGUUACAUGAAGCGACUGGAAACUCUCGAAAAGGAGGAGCAGGAGGAGAGUGGAAAGGGCAAGGAAGCUGCAGAGGGCGACUCUCCUACUCUCCGACAUGUGAAGGAGCGCCUUGCUGACACCCACGACGCUCUCUCCGAGAUCUCUCUGGAGAAUGAACGUUACCCCAAUGCCAUCGAAGAUGGCCGAACAUCACUCAAGUACAAGCUCGAGCUUUACCCUGAAGAGUCUGAGAUUAUUGCCGAGGCUCACUACAAGCUAUCCCUAGCUCUGGAAUUCGCCUCUGUCACCACAGCUGAUGACGAUGGCGCGAACGCCAAGCGAGAGGAGAUGGACCAAAGUCUGCGCGACGAAGCUGUCAAGGAGAUGGAACUGGCCAUCAAGAGUUUCAAGCUGAAGCUACAGAACAAGGAGGUGGAGCUAGCUACUAUGGCAUCUCCCGAGGACAACGAGUUGGCACGAAAGUCUAUCCAGGAGAUGAAGGAAGUCAUUAGCGACAUAGAGCAACGCCUUGUCGAUCUGCGUAACGAUCCUAUUGAUGCCAAGGAUAUUCUGGGCGGCGACGCACCCAUUGGCGGUAUUCUUGGUGCUGCCAUCGGCGAAUCCGCUGCCGAGACCAAGGCUAGGGUUGAGGAGGCCACCAAGACCGCCACAGAUCUCAGCAAUCUGGUCCGCAAGAAGGGCAAAGACGAGACCACCACAGAAGCUGCCCCCGCACCUGUGCCAGAAGCUGAUGCUAACGGCAAGCGAAAGGCCGAGGAACCGGCUGAAGACGCCGAGGCGAAGAAGGCCAAGGUGGAAGCCUAG